GCGCGGCCCGGGCGGCAGGCGGCCGAGCAGCGGGCGGCCGGGCAGCGCGAGAGGCCGAGCGGGCGGCGGGGGCCGCGGAGCGAGCGGCGUCCCGCCCUCGGCUCUCCGAGGGCGGCGGAGGUGCGGCCCGGAGCCAUGGUGAUCAUGUCGGAGUUGAGCGCGGCCCCCGCGGGCUCGGGCCAGGGACAGCAGAAACCCCUCCGGGUGGGCUUUUACGACAUUGAGCGGACCCUGGGCAAGGGCAAUUUCGCGGUGGUGAAGCUGGCCCGGCAUCGAGUUACCAAAACGCAGGUUGCAAUAAAAAUAAUUGACAAGACACGAUUAGAUUCAAGCAAUUUGGAAAAAAUAUAUCGUGAAGUUCAGAUCAUGAAGCUUCUGAAUCAUCCUCAUAUCAUAAAGCUUUAUCAGGUUAUGGAAACAAAGGAUAUGCUUUACAUUGUCACCGAAUUCGCAAAAAAUGGAGAGAUGUUUGAUUACUUGACCUCCACCGGGCACCUGAGCGAGAGUGAAGCCCGCAAGAAGUUCUGGCAGAUUCUGUCAGCUGUGGAGUACUGCCACAGCCAUAACAUCGUCCACCGGGACCUCAAGACCGAGAACCUGUUGCUGGACGGCAACAUGGACAUCAAGCUGGCAGAUUUCGGGUUUGGGAAUUUCUAUAAGCCAGGGGAGCCUCUGUCCACGUGGUGUGGGAGCCCCCCAUACGCAGCCCCGGAGGUCUUCGAGGGGAAGGAGUACGAAGGCCCCCAGCUGGACAUCUGGAGCCUGGGUGUUGUGCUGUACGUCCUCGUCUGCGGGUCUCUUCCCUUCGACGGGCCUAGCCUGCCGGCCUUGCGGCAGCGGGUGCUGGAGGGCCGGUUCCGCAUCCCCUUCUUCAUGUCUCGAGACUGUGAGACGCUGAUCCGCCGCAUGCUGGCGGUGGACCCCACCAAGCGCAUCACCAUCAGCCAGAUCUGGCAGCACAGGUGGAUGCAGGCCGACCCCGCCCUGCGGCAGCCGACCUGCCCGGUCUUCUCCUUGCUCGGCUAUGCCUCCAGCUUGGGCAGCUAUGACGAGCAGGCACUGGGCAUCAUGCAGACGCUGGGCGUGGACCGACAGAGGACCGUGGAGUCGCUGCAGAACAGCAGCUACAACCACUUCGCGGCCAUUUAUUACCUGCUCCUGGAGCGGCUGAAGGAGCUCCGGCUCGCCCAGCCGCCGGCCCGCCCCGGCCACGCCUGGCAGCAGAGGCCCCGGAGCUCGGACCUCAGCGCAUUUGAGGUGCCUCAGGAAGGCCCACCCGGCGACGCUUUCCGCUCCGCCCUGCUCUGCGCGCAGCCCCAGGCCUUGGGGCAGUCCGUCCUGCAGGCUGAGAUUGACUGUGACCUCCACAGCUCGCUGCAGCCCUUGCUCUUCCCCGUGGACACCGGUUGCCGCGGGGCGUGCCGGCGGCGCUCCGUCUCCCCCAGCAGCCUGCUGGACACGGCCAUCCGCGAGGAGGCCAGGCGGGGCCCGGGCCUGGACGAGGAGCAGGAGACACGGGAGCCCCCACCUGGCAGCACCGGCCGGAGGCACACGCUGGCCGAGGUCUCCACCUGCUUCUCCCCGCGCAUCCCUCCAUGUAUCGUCGUCUCACCCUCCGCGGCCAGUCCUUCCGAAGGCACCAGCUCCGACAGCUGCCUGACCUCUGCGGGUGACGGCCUGGCUGGGCUCAGUGGACACCUGGUUGCUCAGGGGCUGCUGAGUGCCUGCUCCCCGCUCAGACUGGCCUCGCCGCUCCUGGGGACCCGGUCCGCCACCCCAGUGCUGCAGGCGCAGGGGGCCCUGGGGGGAGCCGCCCCGCUCCCCGUCAGCUUCCAGGAGGGCCGGAGGGCGUCGGACACCUCUCUCACUCAAGGGCUGAAAGCCUUUCGGCAGCAGCUGCGGAAGAACGCGAGGACCAAAGGCUUUCUGGGGCUGAACAAGAUCAAGGGGCUGGCUCGCCAGGUGUGCCAGCCCUCCUCCUCCAGCCGGACCUCGAGGGGCGGCCUGAGCGCCUUCCAGCUGCCCGCACAGAGCCCGGGCCUGCUCGGCGGCGGGGCCGGCGGCCGGGAGGGCAGGAGCCUGCUGGAGGAGGUGUUGCACCAGCAGAGGUUGCUCCAGUUACAGCACCACCCGGCGGCCCCACCCGGCUGCCAGCCGGCCGCCCAGCACCCCCCAGCCCCCCUGGUCCUCGCCCCCUGCGACGGCACCCUCCUCGUGUCGGGACUGCAGAAGGAGCUGGGGCUGGGGCCCGGCCCGCUGCUGCCGCCCCCCCUGCUGCAGGCCGGGGGCUCCCCGGUGGCGUCGGCCGCCCAGCUCCUGGACGCCCACCUGCGCAUCAGCAGCUCCACGGCCCCCGGCCCUGCCGCCGCGGCCCCCCAGCCACGCUUCGCCACGCUGUCCCCGAGCCUGGAGCCCGCGGGGCUGCCCCAGGGAGACUGUGAGAUGGAGGACCUGACCUCCGGCCCGCUGGGCACCUUUGUCUUGGUGCAGUGAGGGGCCCGGCCGGGCUGUGACUUCUCGAAGCAAUAAUUUCAGAGUAUGUGAAGACGUUUCCGGACUCAAAGCCAAGAACUGUUCAGAAGGAAAACAAGCAAUACGUUUGGUGUUUUGGCUUUUUAGUUUAUUUUUUGUUUGAUUUUUUUUUUUUUUUUUUCCCUUGCACUGAGCAACUGUAACUCCGAGUAGGGACUGGAAACUUUUUGAAGAAAAAUAAUAAUCCAGGGGCCUGUCAUUGGGGCGGGUGGAUGGAAGCGGGAGGAGGGCAGCGGGUGGAGCUGGCAGCACUGUGGUCGGGGUCACGGGGGGGGGGGGAGGGGGUCGCCGAUUGCCCCCAGGAAACCGUGGUGUGAGCCGUGCGUCCCCAUCGCGUGUGUGUGCGUGUGCAUGUGUUAGUGGGUUUUUUUUAGUUCACAAUUCUCCACUUCCUGAAACACUUAGGCUUCACUUGAAAACUGUGAACUUUCUGCUUUAUGUAUCAGUUCUUGAAAAGCUCUAACGUCCAGCCCAAGAGAAGAUAAUCUAUAAAUUCACGGAAUUCUCUCCCCUAAAAUCAGAACCCAGAGGAUAGUUUUUCUUAUUUUAGAGGAGACGUUUUAUAAACUGCUCGGGAGUUGGUUUUCCAGGAUUCUUCGGAGGGGCUGCAAAGAGGAACCUGGGUGGGGUGGGGUGACCGCGAGGUGGAGGCUCCCCGCCCCCUGCCCCGGUCACUCGGCCUGGAGCCCCAGGGCACCUUCGAGGGAGCUGGGGAAGUCUCUUCCUCCUGCACCUCUUAUUUCCGCUGCUAAUUAAGUUUUUAUGCAUUUCAUUAUCAGGGUCCAAAAAGAACAACUGACUUGGGGUGGAGGGGGGAUCGUGCAAUAUGGCGAUUCUGUGAUGCUGGGACAGGGAUGGGCCGCUUGCGGUCGGGGGACGGCCCACCUUGCCCAGGCCCUGUGCUUGGUGGGCCUUCGUUUUAGGAAAAAGAAGUGAGAGGUCAGUGCUGUUCAAGCUUUGUUCUUUUUUUAAAGCGAAUACUGUACAUGUAUAUACAUAGGAGACAAACAUACACUACUUAUUUUUUAUACUUUUUACUACGUUUUUGUGUUCCUGGUUUGAACUUCCCUCUCUGGUAACGGAACAAAGCUCUGGCACCGGGUCCGUGUGGAGGCGGGGCCGGCAGGGAGCAGACCAGGCGCACGCUCACCUGGCAGGUGAACUCAGGUGGUGGCUCGGUCCGUCGGAGGCCGCUGGGCUGAGCAGGAGGACCGCUCCUCCCCAUCCCUGUGGCCAGUCAGUGCCGUCCCUUUACCAACGUAGGUGCCUUCAGCUCGUGUCGGCUCUCGCAGCCUGCAGCGUUAGGCCCAGGUGAUGCCGAACCAGGAAGGUGGCACGUGUAGAAGCCAAAGAUUGCCGGCUCCCCAGAGGCCGGGGAGGCGGCCCGGGUCUGUGCGUGUGGGCAUCUCCCACUGGCCCCGCCGCCGCUGCUCUGUAGCUGUGUCCAGGAGCGGGACAAAGGACUGUCCUUGCACCUGGCUGCCAAGAAGUCACCAAAGCCUCCCGUGACUAGGAAGGUUUGGGCCAGGAGAGCGCCGGAGGCCCCGGGGCGCCAGUCUCGGCCUCCACCUUCUGGAGGCACCGUCGACUCCCCCGAGGCCGCUUCCCUCCUUAACGCACCUGUUCUAACGCCAUUGAUCAAAGGCCUCAGAACCACGACAAGCACUUUACUCUCAGCGGUUUCCUCCCGUCACCGUCAGACGUGUGUCGUGUUGUGUCCGGUGUUGGCGACGCGUGUGCUGCGGGUUUCUCAGCGGCGCGGUCCCGCGGACCGGACGCAGGAGCCUGUCCCAAGGCACCACGCCAUCUGAUGAAGAUGUACAUAGUUUGGGUUUUUUACCAUAACUGAAUUAAUUAUUUUAUUUCAUAUGUUCACGUGAGAAAUGUAUGCCAAAUGAUUAGUGGAUGUAUGUUUUUUAAUUUAAUAUUUAAAUAAAACAUUUGG